GCGCGAUGGGCGCGGGCCGGUGCCUCUGCCCUGGCCGGCUCCUGGCAGCCCCGCGAGCCCCACAGACGCCCGGGGAACGGGGACCUCCCGCGGACAGCCUCGGGCUUGGCGCUUCUCGGCCGUGAGGUUUAAUUGCUUCCCUUUCUUCAGGGACCUGCGUGAAAGUACUUGGAGCAGUGACUGCCACCUGGUGGUAAGUCAGAAUCAUCACUGUGCAUAACCUGAUGGUUACUAAGAUGCUCACUCUUGACCCCCAUCAUACACACUGGCCACAGGGGACCAGAUGAAGGAUGCUGGAGGGUGUCUGGUGAAGGAGCCUAGUGAAAUAACCCUUUACCUCCACCUGAAUGAGCUGUUCAUUCUGGAUUCUGAGCCAGGAGCCAGCUCCAAAAUGGGGCCUCUAAAGAAAGGAUUUGAGUUGCUCUUGUGUUUUGGUCAAAGAUCUGCAUCCCUGCCAGUGGAUAAGCAAAACUGCGAAUAAGCACACACCAAGAGCGGCAUGUGGUGACAUGGAGCCUGAAAUAAACUGCUCCGAAUUUUGUGACAGUUUCCCUAGCCAGGAGCUGGAUCGGAGACCCCUUCAUGAUCUCUGCAGGACAACAAUUACAUCUUCCCACCACAGCACUAAAACCAUCUCUUCAUUAUCUCCUGUCCUCUUGGGUGUUGUUUGGACUUGUCUCAGCUGUGGACUUCUGCUGAUGCUUUUCUUUCUUGCCUUCACCAUUCGCUGCAGGAAGAACAGGAUUGUGAAGAUGUCCAGCCCCAAUCUGAACAUUGUGACUUUACUGGGCAGUUGUCUGACUUAUAGCAGUGCUUACCUCUUUGGGAUUCAAGAUGUUUCAGUGGGGAGCUCAAUGGAAACACUCAUUCAGAUAAGACUGUCCAUGCUAUGCAUCGGGACCUCCCUCGUGUUUGGACCCAUUCUGGGAAAGAGCUGGCGACUCUACAAGGUGUUUACCCAGAGGGUCCCGGACAAGAGAGUGAUUAUCAAAGACCUGCAGUUGCUGGGACUGGUGGUAGGCCUGGUGAUGGCUGAUGUGAUCCUGCUCGUGACCUGGGUGCUGACUGACCCCAUCCAGUGCCUCCAGAUCCUCAGCGUCAGCAUGACGGUGACAGGGAGAGACGUGUCCUGCUCUUUGACCAGCACCCAAUUCUGUGCUUCCCGGUACUCCGAUGUCUGGAUUGCUCUCGUUUGGGGUUGCAAGGGUCUGCUCCUGCUGUACGGUGCCUACGUGGCUGGCCUGACUGACCAUGUCAGCUCUCCUCCUGUGAACCAGUCCUUAACCAUCAUGGUUGGGGUCAACCUCCUGGUACUGGCUGCUGGGCUGCUUUUUGUGGUCACCAGAUACUUGCACUCCUGGCCCAACCUGGUCUUUGGACUCACGUCUGGAGGCAUCUUCGUUUGCACAACCACAAUCAACUGCUUCAUCUUCAUUCCCCAGCUGAAGCAAUGGAAGGCAUUUGAAGAGGAAAACCAAACAAUCAGACGCAUGGCCAAAUAUUUCAGCACUCCCAGCAAAAGCUUCCAUACCCAGUGUGGUGAGGAACAGAACUGCCACCCGAGAGGAGAGAAGAGUUCCAUGGAGAGGCUCCUCACGGAAAAACAAGAGGAAGAUUCCAUUUCUGCUUACGGCCUGCACCCUGUGAACCAUGCCAGUGAUCAUUUUGCUUCCCACAGUGUGCCAAAAGUAAUCAUUAACAAGCUCAUUGCGAUGCAGCUGCCACCGCAGAAAAAUGCUGUGAUUGAAAGCCUGCAGGAACAAGUAAACAAUGCCAAAGAGAAGCUAAUGAGGCUGAUGUCUGCUGAGUGCAACUACGACCUCCCAGCAUGGGCUGCCCCACCUGCCUCCUCCCAGAGCAAGGACGUGCAGACGGCAUCCUCUGCCCAGCGGCCUUUGGAAUGCCCCACUGGCUCUCAGAAUGAUACCGGCGUGGCCGCCCAGGACUCCCAGCGUGGCUCGGUGCCCUCCUUAGGUGUGCAGAGCCUUGAGGGGCCUGAGAAGGACACCAGCCCCGCCCUAGGACAGCAGGAGAAGAUGUCUGACUUAAAAGACUUUUCUGAUCAUUUAGACUCAAGGUGUAGCCAGAAGCCACAGGCUGAGCAAAGCCAGAAUACAGAAAGAGGAGAGCAGGUACCCAUGGCCCCCAGCCACGGUCUCCUACAAGGUAGAGGGGGCUCUGAUACUCAGAGACAGAGGCAGCUGGAGAACUCAGAGGAGCCCCCGCAGCGGCUGUCAAGGGUCAAUUCAGUGAUCAGGGAGAAACUUCAGGAAGUCUUACAAGAUCUGGGCCUGGGUCCCGAGGCUCCACUCCCCUCCUCCCCGUCUCAUCCCCAGCAGCCCUGGAAGAUCAAUGCUGCCUUCAGACCCCAGAAGAUGCCCCUCUGCAAGGAGCUGGGCUUCAGCCCCUACAUGGUUAGGAGAAGGCGGGCGGCUCGGCAGGCCUGCUCAUGCCUUCCUGGCUCUGUACCCUCCUAUGUGGGGCGUCAGGCAAACAGGCCUAUUUCUGGGGCACAAAGUGGGCUGAAGGUGCAGAAUGGGGACAGCCCCAGCCUGGCUCCCCAAACUGCUGACUCCGGGGUUACUAGACCUUCUUCCAGGAAGCCUUCUCUACUUCCGGAUCCUCAAGGCGGGCUGAGCACCCUGGAGGGCAACAAACAAAGCCAGAGAGAUCCGCAGGGGGCUGGAGGGAGCAAUGCAGCCUUUCCUUACCAGCCUUCUGGUUCUGGCCGGGCACAGAGUCCUGCUGCCCCACGCCUACCCAGAGCCUCGCCAGACUUGCCAGGGCAGUGGCAGCUGCGGCCCCCAGCAUCCCCACGCUGUCCCUCCCUGUCUUCUCAGUACGACUACUUGGACACUGAGUCCAGCAGCUCAGAUGAGUUCUUCUGCCGCUGCCACCGGCCCUACUGUGAAAUCUGCUUCCAGAGCUCCUCUGACUCUAGUGACACAUCAGACACUGAGCCCGAGCCUGCCAGGGGGCUGGCUUCCUGGGAAAAGCUGUGGGCCCGCUCCAAGCCCAUCGUGAACUUCAAAGAUGACUUGAAGCCCACACUGGUGUGAAAAGCAGCAGAGCUAGGUCUGGAGACAGAGGCCAGUGCAGGAGAGGCCGUAACAAGGCCCGCAGGCGGACAGCCAGUGUCUGGUCUUCAGGGAACAGACCAGUGCCCUGCAUUCAGCCAGCUCAUAACGUGUUCAGCUGUGCCCUGGCCAUGCUCACUGUGUCACUGUGAGCACUUCUUGAUCUAUAAAAAGAAGGGUAUUGCCUGUCUCGUUACUACCUCACAGCAUCACUGUAAAAGACUCCAGUUGGGUGACUAUAAAAGAUACUGACUCCUUAGAUGAAAGGUGCUAAAUGAACACAUAGGGUUUUCCAUCCGGGUCAGCCUGCAUUCUAUAAAACUAUUAAUAUACACCAGGUAGGUGGCUAGGAGGACAGACAGAUGGAGAAAUGGAUGGGAAAUUUCUGUAAAACCUGAGUCGUGGGGUCCAACUGGCUUUUUGGUAGACAGACCUGCCCGGAAUAUAAGUCUCCUAAAUCCUGGAAGGUGGUGGUUUUGUUUCCGCUGAAGGCUGUGCAGAGCACCACACCUAGAUUCCAGCUUCUGGCCAGACUCAGCUCAGAGCCACCACGACACCACUAUUUCUUAUUCACGUCUUUCCACUAUUACGUCACCUCACCGUUAUCCCUGAGACACCCAGAUUUCCAGGCACCCACAGGCACCCCAGAUCUCUCUCCUGGGCUCAGUAGUGCCUGAGACCCAGACUGUGCCCUGGUCUUAUGGCCCAACCCUUUGACUCUCCCAGUGGUGCAGUUUUGGGCUGGGGGAAGGGCAUACCGGCAGUCUCUGGCCGGGAGGGGAGGCCCUACUAUUCCAAAGGUGCUUUGGGUGCCACUGGGAUCACAUGACUACCAACAGACACAUAAGCCUGGAAGCCAGAUGGGGAAACUGGUAGGAAGAAAUGGGGGCAAGAAGACAGGACACAAAAGAGGGUUUGAACGUUUAACUUGAGCCUGGCACAGUAGUUGGCUAUGUCGAAUUUCAGUGAUUCCUUAGGAUAACCCUGUGAAGUAGAUGCUCUCAUUUUUACAGAUGGGGAACAUGAGGCUUAGAGGAAGGACAUAACUUCCCCCGGUGUCUGUCACACUGCUGGAGAGUGGCCGAUAGAGGACUCACACACAGCUCCUGGGACUCCAAGUUGGGGGGUUUCCCUGGGGACACGACUCCUCACUCCCUCUGGGAGUGGCACGCAGGCUUGGUAGCCAGAUAAUAAAGCAAGGCCUGAUGAGAACUGCAGUCCAGGGUGACAAAACCGGUUCUUCCCUCUGGGAUCAGGUCUCCACCUCCCACUGCCACGGGGCACACCCGCACCUCCCCUCCCGCAGGAGCCAGGGAGCUUGCAAAGGAUGAGCACCAGGAACUUCGCUGCCACCAAAGCCACAGAGAGAGCACAGCGGGGGCCGCUUUGCUUGCUGCGGAGCUGGUUGUCGUGAACACGCCGUCCCCUGUCCCCAGUCCCCCGUGUGCAUCCGUGGGUGUGCACGUGUUUGUGUGAAGGAGUUCGGGCCUUGUUAGAUAUGCUCAGAGGAGGCAUUUGGCUUUAAAUGUCUUACAGAUUCAUCGUGGACUCUCGAGGCUGCCGACACCCCAUGAUUCUCCAGCCACUGGGCCAGGAGGGCCUCCUGGCAGCACAGCUUCUUCUAUCACCUACUUUUAAAUAUGAAUUUCAUAAUUUAUUCUGUGUGGAUUUGUAGUUUGUUCUGUGUUUCCAGGUGGUACCUUAAUAAAAGAGAAAUG